AUGGCCAAAGGUUUCAAGGAAAAAUUGGGUGAAGGAGGCUAUGGCUCGGUAUACAAGGCAAAGCUUCGUAGCGGUCGCCUGGUAGCCAUCAAGAUGUUGGGUAAGUCCAAAGCUAAUGGGCAAGACUUCAUCAAUGAAGUUGCUACCAUUGGAAGGAUUCACCAUGUCAACGUGGUGCGACUCAUUGGCUUCUGUGUUGAGGGUUCAAAGCGUGCUCUCGUAUACGACUUCAUGCCUAAUGGAUCUCUUGAUAAAUACUUAUUUUCUCAACAAGGAGUUAUCUCUUUGAAUUGUGAGAAAAUGUUUGAAAUUGCUCUUGGAGUGGCUCGUGGUAUUGAAUAUUUGCACAGAGGAUGUGACAUGCAAAUUCUGCACUUUGACAUCAAACCUCAUAACAUUCUUCUUGACGAGAAUUUUCUUCCCAAGGUGUCUGAUUUUGGAUUAGCAAGGCUAUGCCCGCUUGAUAAUAGCAUUGUAUCUUUGACGGCAGCAAGAGGAACUAUCGGAUACAUAGCACCAGAGUUAUUCUAUAAAAACAUUGGAGGUAUUUCAUACAAAGCUGAUGUCUAUAGUUUCGGAAUGCUGUUGAUGGAAAUGGCUGGCAGAAGAAAGAAUUUAAAUGCAACCAUAGAGAAGUCAAGCCAAAUAUACUUUCCAACAUGGGUUUUUGACCAAUUGAGUGAUGGAAAGGACAUAAAAGUUGAAGACGCCACAGAGGAGGAAGAGAAGAUCAUAAAGAAGAUGAUCAUUGUGGCAUUGUGGUGCAUACAAAUGAAGCCUAGUGACCGUCCGUCUAUGAAUAAAGCAGUCGAGAUGCUUGAAGGAGAAAUUGAGUGCCUUGAAAUGCCUCCAAAGCCUUUUUUGUAUCCACAACAAAUGCCAGAAGUGGCUCCUGGGGACAAUUCAAGUACCACAAGUGCAUCAACAGUAACAAAUUCUACAGAAAUCGUUUUGAUUGCUGAUGCGAAUCAAACAAUGUAA